CCAACUGUCAUAUCGACAGAGAGUUAUCGUCUCUGAAAAACCCAUUUCUGAGUGACUCCGGAAUUAACAUGAGGUUAAAGAUGGCCAACUGCCCAAUGUAUGGUGAAGAUGUCCAACUGAACUGGCUGCUUGAAAAUUUGCGUAAUGAGAACAAAACCCUGAAGUUUAAUUUGUGCGCACAAAUUAUAACCUACAGUGGUUGCCCAAUGGAUCAAUUUUGGAAAGACAGUGUGAAUGUCACAUUGGGUCCAAGGGAAGUGAAAAAAAUUCCACUGUGUAUAUCAUAUAAUCAAUACGGACCUUAUCUCUGUGAUCAUAACAUUAUGAAAGUAGUUGCUGUCUCAGACCCUGAGUGUGGAGAAAUUCUGAUGGUGAGCAGGGAUAUUGUGGUCAACAGACCACCUGUUAUUGUAAAGCUUCUGAGCCAACCCAGACUGAAAGUACCAUGUACGGCAGAGAUCUCCUUCUGUAAUCCUCUCCAGGAAGAUAUGAAGAAUUGUGUAAUGACAUUAGAAGGCUGCGGUUUAUUCAAAGAGCCGAUGACUAUUGAUUUGGGAACAUUGGCAUCCAACCAACAGGCACGGACUGUAGUGGAGUUUACACCUUACAGGCUUGGCUGUCAUCGGCUCCUGGCCAACCUUGGGUGCCACAAGUUUGCCUACUGCAAGGGAUGUGCCAAAGCUGAAGUCUGUUGCUCUGCAGGCCAGAAUGGUGUCCUGCCCAUCAGCCAGAAUGGGUCACUCCCAGUGUGUGAGAAUGGCUCUGUCCCCAUGAACGGCUCUGGGGGAGCCGGAACGGCUGUCCCUGUGGCAGACCCUGCAUUCAACUCCAUGUGUGAAUAUAUAUGUAUCCCAGUGUGCAACCCAAACUGCAGCGCAGGGGGACAGCCUGUGUAUGAUUUUGUGUACCUCCCUGCAGGCCAUCCCUUAUGCAACUCCAUCUGCAACCAAGGCUUCAAUCCAAGCAUCAAUCCUGGUUUUGAGAUGGGAUGCGACCCUGGCUUCCGGGUCAUAUGCGAGACUGUACCUCCUGCUACAUGUGCUCCAAUGGGUCCAUCCAUGUACAGCUCCAUGUCAACCCCAGCACCCAACCCUGUUUGCACCCCUAUGCCUCACGUGGUGUUUGAGACAGGUCCUGCUCCCACACACCCCUCUGGAGGUGGAGGGGGGCCGAUGUCCUAUUCUGUCUCUGUCCCCGCGAAUAAUGCGGUGAGUGCGCUGCUGACCCACUUCAUGGGUGGCCCCAGUCCCAAUGGGGCAACCCAGGCAGUCCCUAUGUCUGCUCCACCAUCCUACUCCAUGUGCUCUCCAGUAAUCCACACCAUUGGUAAUCCCAUGCAACCUCCAACUCCCCUUUCAGUGCCUGGUGCCUCCAUCUCACAUGUUGUUUGCAGCUCCACACCCUCUCCCACCAGCCAGCCUCCAUGUGGCCCAGUGGCCACCCUGUCCUCCCAACCCCUGAAUGCCGCCGUAGCCCACAGCAUGUGCUCCCCAGUUGCCUCCCCAGCGCCCUGUGCUGCUGACCGUAGCAGCACCCCAACAGUGCUGCAGGUGGGCAGUGCCUCUGCAUCCCACUCACGGUGCUCCCCAGCCCCCCGUCCCGUGGGACCCCCGGCAUCCCACUCACUGUGCUCUCCAGCCCCCCGCCCCGUAGGGCCCCCCGCAGCCCACUCCCUGUGCUCGCCCACCUCUGCCUCGAUGGUGGCCGUGGGCGCCCGCCCUGCCAGCUCGCCUGCCGCUCAGCCCUUGGACUCCUCGGCUGCUGCCUGUCUGCCGUGCUCCCCGUCCCCGCGCCCCCUGGCAGGUCCCACAGCCCGCUCCCUCUGUGCCCCCACCUCUCGCUCCAUCUCCCAGCUUGUGGGCACCUCUGGCUCUCGCUCAUUGUGUGGUUCUCAGUGGGGCCCUUCCUAUGAGACCACCACUCGCUUUGGCUCCACGUGGGCUCCCACCUCCCGAUCACUGUGGAGCCCCGAGGGGCGCUUGGGCUACUCCUCAACCCGUGCCACCUACGGCACACUUACACGCCCUCCCUACAGCUCCUUGAACCGCUCCUCCUUCACCUUGUCCCGCUCUGGCUACUCUACCCUACCCCGCUCCACCUCCCCCUCUCCCUCUGCCUAUGCCACCCUGACUCGCUCCGGGUCGUGCCCCUCUGGCAGUACCCUGGCUCUGGCAGGGUCCCGCAGACCCUGGAGUCCCACAAGGAGCACUCUCACCUAUUUCAAACGCAAAUACCUGUAACCUGGGAAAACCUGAAGCCAGUGAAAUAAAGCCUGUGUGCAGAUGCUUUACAAGAGGUUAGAAAUAGGGUGAUGAAGAGCAUCGUGCUGCUCCUGAGCAUUUAUCUAUGCAUUUGAGAUGUGCCAGAAAGCGGGCUGCGAGCCAACUGCUGAGGGAUGCAUUCGAUGUAAUACUUGUAUGUCUUGAGAUAUGGUGGAAAUGACAAAUGAAUGUGCUCCCUGUGGAGCCAUCGUGACAAUAGUGGCAUAGUGCAGGUAAUCAGACUUCCUUGCUCAGUCAAGCUGUUUUAUAAAUGAUGUGCUUUCACUCUCUCUUCUUGAUUUUUUGCAAUGCACAUUUCUCAGAUCUCCCUGGGCUACAGCACUCAUAGCAAUUCUCUCUCCCUGCAUGAAAUGUGCUGUCCUUGGGAUGCUGCAGAGGUGGCAGCAGAUGUGUCUUAUGUCUCACCUAACAGACAUUGGGCCCCUGAACCCCAGCAUUGCUGUGACUCAGGUCAGUUCUGCGUGCACUCUGUUUCCUAGUUGUGUAACACUGAAAACUGCAGAGGUUGCAGAGCAACUAAUGGUUACAAAUCAGCUGAAGAGUUUAACUGCAUCUUUUUUUUUAUCCUUUUUCCUUUUUUAAAUAAUAAUUUUAAUUUUACUACUCUUGAUGUAUUACAGACCUAGUAUCAAGAAUCCAGAGGUCAUGUUAGAAAGUCUGCAAAACUCAAUGAAUAGUCAAUACCAUAUAUUGACUAUCACAACUGACUGUUUUUCAUAUAGCAUAUUUCAAAAUUUUUCUCACAUACCUUGUAUGCAUUUAGGUUAUUAGGAAAAGCUCUAAUUCCACAGCUGUGCCUUUUUGAUUGAGUGUAGCUAGGAAAAGUCUGCCACUAGAGCUGAACUUAGUAAAGGAAGUCAUGAUGUUAUCCAGCAUCUAGUACUUCCAGCUGAAAGUUUUUGACAAGGUGAAUGAAAUGUACUGCAUGUUCUUCAGAUGAUGGUACUGUUCCAAUGCUAACCUUCUCCAGGUGUUUCAGGAGUUGAAAUUAUACAUUGUCAUAAUGAAACUAUCCCUGAAUUUUGGAUUUGCUCAUAAGAAUUUUGGAUUUACUGACAACACCUCCCAUCCCUCCAUUAUUUUUCUUUAGUAAGUAGUCCAUUAAUUUUAGUAGCAAGUGUUAGUGGGGUUUUGUGGUAAGGUAAGUUUGCUGGUGCUGCAGAAUCUUCAGCCAUGUAGCAAUAGUAUUUCAGUAGUAUCACUGUAGUUUAUGCCCCUAUGUGAUGAGAUUGAAUAACCUUCUGAGGAUUUUGAAAAAGUGUGCUGUCAGAUGGUAGCUAUGAACAUGCCAACACUAUCAACUGCAUAGUAAUUCUGAGUACGAUAGAAGAAAGAUUUGCCUGGAUAUUGUAGUAGAGUGAUCAUAACUCCGUGACAUGGUUUUUUUACACAGUUUCAAAAGUCUGCAUUAGAUAUGUGCUGAGAAUUUCUUUGCCUGACUGACAAUAAAAAUAAAAAAUUAAAAACCACAA